UGUUCUGAGGUUAAAACAUAUUUCCUUUGUCUCUCCCCACUGCCCGCAGUGCAUUCAGAUUUUACAAUACCCAGUAGGCUAAAUAAACGUAAUGCUCCAAAAAUACACGACAAAAUGUAAAUUAAAUGUAUUUUAUGGCAGUAUAGCAUAAGACCAUCUCUUGCUGGACUAGUAAGUAACUCCCAAGAUAUUGCGUCGACAGGAGAACGUUCUGCAUACCUGGCUUAGAGACAACAAAAUUCAGUGUGGGGCUAAAUACACAAUAAAUCAAACGAUGGACUCAACGAGCAAACUGGGAAAGGAUGACAGCCGUGAUAGUUUUGUUAUAGUAAGGAAAAGAGAGUUGGAGAUGUUGACCACGGAAGUCAUGCAGCUCCGUGAGUUUCUGCCCCAAAUUAAUGGAGAUCUGGUAGAAAUUGUGCAUAAAUCCCGUACUGCACAAACAAUGACAAAUCACCUUGCCCAGGAUCAAGAACAGCUGAAGCAAGAGUGCUUGCAUCUCCGUUCAAGACUGGAUGCAGCUCAGAGUGAGUGCCAGAAAGAGAGGGAGGAGAAGCUGGUUCUGAGGGAGCAGCUGUGGGAAGGCCGGGAGCAGCUCCAGCAACAGGCUGAGUUCUGCACAGGGCUCGGGGCCUCCGCCUGCACCCUGCUGUGGAGUGCCUCCAGCAAGGAGGACGCUGUCAAAGACAUCCUGGCCGACGGUAAGCUGGAGUCCUUCCUGACCCUAGCAGGUCAGACUCUGGAGAGCUUUGUAAAGUCUAUGGAUGGGGAGGUUGAGAAUGAAAAGCAGGACUUUAACUCCCAUGAGCACCAGUUUGUCAUGGCCUUGGCUGGAGUCGUCACCAAUGUGGCAGCUGUAACGUGUGGGCGGGACUUCCUGUCUAGCUCAGCCCACGUCCUCUUAGACACUCUGAUGCAGCUACUGGAGCUUAUGAAGACUGGGGUGUUCCCCAAGCUAAAAGUGUUGAUGCUAAUGGCUUUAUACAACGUCAGCAUCAGCGUGAAGGGACUGAAGUACAUCAGCGAGAGCCCAGGACUUCUCCCUCUCAUCUGGACCCUUCUGGAAGACGGUGACCCAGAAGUCUGCCUCCACUCCCUGCGCCUGCUCCAGUCCCUGCUGUUGGAGGCGGAGGUUGUGGCCCUGGUGCGCCCAGGGCUCCUGGACCCUCUCCCUCUCGCCCGCAUCCGCCAGCUGGCCUCCAGCCGCCACCCGGCCCUCAGGCAGACGGCUCAGGAGACCCUGGACGAUCUGGGCUCCCUCUGGGAUGGCUGCCCCCCGGAGCGCAGCGCCUCCGAGUCCGACCGAGCAUGAGCAAAGCCGCGCACGUCCCGCUCGCAUAAAAGGCGUUCGGCCGUUCUAUGCGUUUUGGAUCCGUGAGCAAGCCUUAAUGAGUUUUUUUUUCUUCCCAUGGUGGACUGGUCAUGUGAAAGCCGAGCCUGCCCUUUCCCCUCCUUGCCUGGGGAAGACAUUACCCCUGUCAGGGCCUUGAGGACUGUUGUUCUUGAAUGCCUGGCAACUCAUUAGGGAAAUGGCUCUGUUCUUGCUGUAGAACUGCCACAAAGGAACCGUUCCAUGUUGUUUGUGUUUGUUUCAUGGGAGGGUCUGGCAACCCAAGGUCAUUUGCUUCCAGUUUGGACUGUACGUGUGGUAUGUUGAUGUUGGCACCGUGACUUAGGCAAUUUGUCCCAAGUUCCAUAGGGACUUUAUUCGUUUACAAGCGGCUUCUGGUGUUCUGUCGCUCAGCUGCAAAGGACUGAAGUUACGUUCAUGUUACAUUUGGGUUCAAAUGUUUUCACUACCAUUAAAGCAGAUUUUUCAUUCCAUUCAAAGUGAAAAUGUGAAUCGUGAUAAACUGUCCGAUGUAAACGGUCUCCCUCCUAUUUAUACCCAGCUAUCUUCUUAGACACCUUAAUCUCAUCACUCAUACCCAGGUGAGAUGAACAAAUGGGCGAGUCUUUAGGUGAGUCAUAAGUGGUAAGUGGAUAAGUCUGGGAGAGUGAAGAGAUGAAACUUGGGGGAAGCUUUCACUGCACGUGCUCUAGCACUCUGCACUGCUGACAGUCUAGGAUACAGUCUCGUGGGUUUAAGCCACACACUGAUAUAGAUAGCACAUAAACACGGGAGAUUAUUCUGGUCCAUGUGACCAGGUGUUUGCACUGUCUUUUGAAAUGGCUAAUGAAGUGUCAAACAGCACCAAAGUUGGGUCUUUAAUUUACAAGUCCACACACUGUUGUUUGAAUAGUUUGUUUCUGAAAUAUGAUGUACUGGCUACAACUUAGACUGGACUGAUCCAGACAUUGUUGACAUCUCAACAUGUUGUGGUGCAACAGAUAGGACUGAAAU